AUGUCAAAGAAGAGCACAACUGAAAAGGCAAUAUUGAUGUAUAAAUGUGCUAAUGAUGACAUUUAUUUCUAUGUAAAGUGGCUUGACAAUACAGAAUCCUGGACAAGGCUUUCUAAUUUGAGCAACAAAAUGGCUAUCAUGGAUUUUGUAAGGAAUGCUCUUAAGCUUUUGAGAACGAAACGUAAAAAUGAAGAAGAUGAAAAAGAGAUUGAACAACAAAAGUUGUUCAAAGAAGAAAUGAUAAAGAAAGCAAAACUUUCAACUACAGCUAAUGGUAAAUUUGGAAAAGAGAAACAGCAACCCAUGAUUACUAGACAAGAAACUAAAGAGGUUGCAGUAGAUAACAGAAAAAUAGUCGCUGAAGAAAUUGGUAACUCCAUUACACUUAGAAUAACAGAAUCGACUUCCAUACGAUUCACAUUCUAUUGGUAUGAACGCUUUAAGACGUUUGAAUUCCAGAUUUCAGAUUGUAUUUUUAUUGCAAAGAGUAAAAUCGUCACAUAUGCACGGGCUGCAAUCAAGAAGAGUGAAAAUAGCAUUUUCACAUUUGAUUAUAGCUGUAUAGGAGAAAUUGAGCAAGAUUUCAAGCAAUAUUUAACAGAAAACAAUCUUGCAAUGUGCUUGCAUGCAAAAAAUUCAAUCUGGGUUUUCUAUUACCCUGUUGAAAGUGACACGUUUUUAGGAAAUGUUGAUUUCAAAGACAAGGGAAUCUUGUUUAGAGUUCAACAGAAUAACAAGUUACAGGCAAAGAACUUUACAUUGGGUGAAGAAAUCAAAACACGCGCUUUUGUUGACAAUUCUUUCAAAGCAUACCCAUUGCUUUAUGAAACGAGUUUAUUUGCAGAUGUAGAUGCCUUGAUGCAGGAGAAAUUGAACUAUGGAUUAUUGACCAAAAAUACGUACCGCGGUUUAAGACUUUUGAACCUGAUGGGAAAAGCAGCCAAUAUAACAAUGGAUAUCAACAAAGCAGACACAAUAAUUGUUCAGGAUAUUUAUGCAGGAAUAUUGCAUCAAAUAUUCUGCAACAAGUUUAUCAAAAAUCCCCGUAGAAAAUUCUACAAGGUCGAACAAAAUGGCAACGCUAUUGAGACUUUCAAACCAGGAGGAGUAAUUAUCUUCUCAAAGCACUUUAUUCAAUAUGGCCCACUCGACUUCUUGAUUAAGAUUUCGAAUUUUGUUAACACAUGCACAAAUUGGACCAUUAGAACUACGAUGACCAACUACAAUUUUUUCAAAAAGAGGUUGAAUGACAUGAUGCUUGACAAAUCAGAACAACUUAAGUUCAAGUUUAUUUAUAGACAACUUAAGAAUGGAGUGUACGGGGACUUAGAUUGUACAAAUGAACAUGAUUUGAAGCGAAUUUUUGAAGCAACACAAAAGGAUUCAAUACAAAACGUGUUACUAAUAGGCGAGCAUGAUGAUUGUGCCGAGUGCAUAACACCAGCUAAUGCAGCAUUAGUUUUAAAUUUUAAUUGA